GGGGCUACUGCUGACGCGGCCCCAAAGCCUGCCCCGUCCAAGAAAAAGAGACCGGCCACUGACGGCCAGAAAAAGUUGACCGAGGCCGGCGUGAGCGUCUCUAAGAAGACGAAGAGGGCCCCUUCCCCUUCUCCGGCUAGUGAGGCCGGUACGCUUACUGUCCCCAGCGUGGGCGAUGGUGGUCCCGUCGUGGACCUUACUGUUGCUGGUGAUGCCGCCCCGGCGCUGCCUCUCGUCCAGGAGCCACGGACGCAGAGGGCCGGCAAGGAGACCGCCGGUGACACCUAUCAGAAAGUGAUAGAGUACCCCGUCGGCGGGGGCGUGUUUAAUGAGCUCGUCCCCGGUCACACCGUCCUGGCCAAGGCCAUGCCGGCCAAAGAUCGGGCUCAUUUGAAGAAGAUCGAGGACCCGAAGAUUUAUGAGGGCGGCAUGGAUCUCCUCGUCCAAAGUGCCUUCAUGCUUAUGGAAAGCCACAAGAGGCAGUACUGGGAGAUUGCCCGCCUGCAAGCGCUGGAGCAGAAGGCCACCUCGGCCGACGAGGUGGUAGCUUGCCUUGACCGGCUUCGGGAGGAUGCCAAGGCGCUGCAGGCCAAAGCUGAUGAGGCCGUUGCGGCCAGGGACGUUGCCCUGGUCCAGCUCGAAGAGAGCAAAAGGGAGCUCGCAGAGUCCCGGAGAGCGCUUGAGGCCGAGAAGCGCAGGAGCGAGGAGGCCGCCAAGGCGAAAGCUGAGGCCGAGGCCGCCGUCGUGAAGGCUGCCGAUGAGGCUGUUGAGAAGUUCUUGGCCGAAGGGUGGAAGGCCGAUGAGAGGCUCCCUUGGUGCUACGAGGUGGUGGCCGCCAGGCUGGAGAAUUGGGG